AUGGACUCCAGACCAAGUGGAUACGGCGAGAAAGGCGGGACAAGGCAGACAACGAAGAACACAGAGACGGCGGCGGCAGGUGGUGCGUCCGAGUCCCUGAACGUUCCUCUGGAGAAGAAACAAUUUGGCACCAUCACCAUCGUGUCCUUGGCCUUUGUGAUUUGCAACAGUUGGGCUGGUAUCUCAGGCAGUCUCCAGCUCGCCCUACUAGCGGGGGGGCCCGUCACUCUCCUUUACGGCAUCCUAAUCAGUACUCUCGUCUACAUCUGCAUCGCUUUCUCAUUAGCCGAACUGACCAGCGUCUACCCGACUGCCGGUGGCCAAUAUCAUUUUGCGUCGAUCCUGGCACCAAAAUCAAUCAAUCGGAGCAUUUCAUACGUGUGCGGACUCGUGUCGUUGCUUUCAUGGAUCGCUAUCGGAAGCUCAGUGACCAUGAUACCUGCUCAACAGAUCCCGGCGCUGAUAGCCGCCUAUAGUCACACAUACUCCCAGGAUUCGUGGCAUGUCUUCCUCAUCUACGAGGGAGUCGCGCUGGUGGUGCUCUUGUUCAACUUGUUUGCCCUGAAAAGAAACCCUUGGGUUCAUGAAAUCGGAUUCGGCCUCACGAUCGCUCUCUUCGUGAUCUCCUUUAUCGCCAUUCUAGCGCGGUCCAACCCCAAGGCUCCAAACUCACAGGUAUGGACUGCUUGGAGCAACUAUACUGGCUGGUCCGACGGCGUCUGCUUCAUCCUGGGCCUUUCGACAUCCUGCUUCAUGUUCAUUGGCUUGGACGCAGCAAUGCAUCUGGCUGAAGAAUGCACAGAUGCUGCUCGUACGGUACCCAAAGCAGUGGUCAGUGCAAUCAUAAUUGGCUUCUGCACCGCCUUUCCAUAUACAAUCGCAGUUCUGUAUGGAAUUACAGAUCUCGACUCUAUUCUAAGUUCCGCCGGCUAUAUUCCAUUCGAGACAAUGACGCAGUCCCUUCGGUCGCUCAGUUUUGCAACGGUCCUCUCAUGUGGCGGUAUCGUGAUGGCCUUCUUCGCCCUCAACGCUGUACAAGAGACUGCGUCUCGACUCACCUGGAGCUUUGCCCGGGACAAUGGGCUGGUAUUUUCCACUCAUCUCGAACGCAUUCAUCCCCGCUGGCAAGUUCCUGUUUGGUCUCUAUUCGCGACCUGGGGAAUUCUGGCCACAUGCGGAUGUAUAUUUCUAGGUUCUAGCACAGCUUUCAAUGCCUUGGUCAAUUCCGCCGUUGUACUCCAGCAACUCUCCUUCCUGAUCCCAAUCGCCCUACUCCUCUACCAAAAGCGAGAUCCAAAGUUCUUGCCGAGCACUCGUGCUUUUGUGUUACCGCGUGGAAUCGGGUUUCUGGUCAAUGUGCUAGCGGUGGUCUUCACGUCCGUCACCACUGUGUUUUUCAGCUUCCCACUGACCGUGCCUACGGCCGCGUCAACCAUGAAUUACACAAGUGCGAUUAUAGGCGUUGCACUUGCUCUUGGUGUCUUGAACUGGGUCGUGCAUGCCAGGAAGCAUUAUCAGGGACCCCACUUGGAGCUUGACGGACGGGUCGUCGGAGCAGAAUUUCAAGUUGGGCCAUGA